AAGGGGCGUCUCUUAGUUUACUUGUCAGAAUAUUCAAUGUUCACCGCUUAACUGUUUCAGUAUUAUGCUCCAAACUAAGAGACUUGGGAAUAUUUUACAGAUAUUUAAACAAAUUCACUAAGUUAGGUGGGGAAGAUAGCAUAGUUGAGGUUGAUGAAAGCAAAUUUGGGGAAAGAAAAUAUUACAAAGGUCAUAGAGUAGGCGGUGUUUGGGUAGUAGGGGUAGUAGAAAGAUUGUCUAGAAAAAUUAGUCUAGCAAAUGUCAACAAGCGUGGGUGUUCUACCCUUAUUUUAUUCUUUAAAAAAUAUAUUUGUAGACAAUCAAUUAUAUUCAGUGAUUGUUGGAAAAGUUAUGUCGAGCAAGCCAAUUUUUUUAAAGAGCAUAGAACUGUCAAAUAUUCUAAGCAGUUUAUAAACAAGCAAACAACUACGCAUACCAACACAAUUGAAGUUAAUUGA